ACCUGUUGAAUUCCGCAACUUCUAACGGACAUUUCGACGCCAUUAACAUGGACUUUGCCCCUUUAAUGUUCCUGCCCCCGGUCAUGAAUUUAGCGGCCACCCGUGAUUGGCUGCUGAACCCGCCAAUCACAGCUUUUCGUACUGGGUCCCAUGUCAGGCCGAAGCCUCGGGCUCGAGUUCGCGAAGAGAGACGGACGGACAGAAAGUCCGAGACUUAGUGCGAUGUUUGGAUAUUCCUGACACUCCCACCAGCUGAAGGAACAGAGGAAAAUGUCCGCAGGUCUCACUGAGGACCAGAAGCGACAGAUUGAAGAAAACCGGCUGAAGGCGCUGGCCAGGCGAGCGGAGCGGUUAGCGUCCCAGCGCCAGCACGCGGGCCGUGCGUCCCCAGCCCGUCCGCUCGCUCCAACCGUCUGUCCGCUCGCUCCAACCGCCAACCCGCUCGCUCCAACCGUCAGUCCGCUCGCUCCAACCGUCAGUCCGCUCGCUCCAACCGCCAACCCGCUCGCUUCAACCGCCAACCCGCUCGCACUGGUGAAGCGGAGCGAAGCUGCGCUCGAGGCGGCAUCACCGGGACACAUUGGUCAGCAAAGGGCUGUAAUUAUUGACAUUGCUUCUCAAGCCCGGUUCCCUCUGGAUAAUGGGGACACCCGACCCACUGUCUGUUCAGCACAAACUGACUCCAACACCAAGGGCUUUCUACCCUUUAGAGCUGAAGGAACGAAUAUGCCGGCAUUUUACAGACCUGAGCAGGAGCCUCGGGCUGGUGCAAACCUGGUGAUUCCCGGGAAUGUCAGCGGUCAAGGGAAGAACUAUUCCAGUUCAGCUGGAAGCUCAGUCAGCAACUGGAGAAAUAAUUCUCGGGGCUGCUGUGUGAAACACUCUGAGGGUCGAUUCCGAGUGGAGAUUGGAUUCAAUGCGGAGCUGCUUUUAAUCUUUAAAACCAUCCCAAGUAGGAAUUUUGAUAUGGCCACCAAGAUGUGGAACUUCAGCCUGGAUGAUUACAGCAACCUAAUGGAGCAGGUGAAGCAAGUUCCAGGGGCUAUAUUAAACCCUCUAGAUGGAAUACCAGAUCCAGAGAUGGUCAGUUCCACCAGUUCAUCACCAAAAACUAGGAGAAAGCGCAGUUCCAAACUGACUGUAAACCAACUGGCAAUUGUGGGACGGAACUGGAAGAAGCCAGGUGCAGUGAUACAGGGGCGAUUUGGACUUCUCUCAAGGUCCCGUUGUGAGGUGGAGAUUGGCUAUCAUGAAGAGGUUCUGAAAGUCUUCAAACGGGUGAAAUCUAGGCAUUACAAUAUGAAAACGAGAAAGUGGAGCUUCCUGUUGGAGGAUUACAAAGAGCUGUUUGAUGCUCUGUCGAGGAUCUCUGCUGUGCAAAUAGAACCAUUCCCCCGAGGGGUGCUGGAGGUCUUCCUGCCCCAGUUUGAAAAGAGCUAUCUGGAGCCACUGGAGAUCCCAGAGGCUGAUCUGUUGUCUGUUGAUUCCAAACUCGUCCAUAGCCUAAUGCCGUUCCAGAGGGAAGGAGUGAAUUUUGCCAUAUCUCGGGAUGGCCGUUUACUAUUGGCUGAUGACAUGGGGCUCGGGAAGACCCUUCAAGCCAUUUGUAUCGCCGCAGUUUACCGCAAAGAGUGGCCAGUGCUCGUAAUUGCUCCAUCUUCUGUCCGAUUCACCUGGGCACAGGCUUUCAGCCAUUGGUUGCCUUCACUAGAGACUGAGGCUAUUCAUGUGGUACUGACAGGGAAAGAUCAAUUAUCAUCCUCCCAUGUCAGUAUCAUCAGCUACGACCUGCUUCCUAAACUCAGCAAUCAGCUGGCAAAGAGACACUUCCAGGUCAUCAUUGUGGAUGAAUCUCAUUUUCUGAAGAACAUGAAGACUGUCCGAUGUAAAGCUGCUCGUCCCUUCCUCCAGGCUGCAAAGAGACUUAUUCUUCUCUCUGGGACACCAGCCAUGUCCAGACCAGCUGAGCUCUACAGUCAGAUCACCGUGCUCCGACCCAAACUCUUCUCUAACUUCCAUGACUUUGGGAUGCGUUACUGUGCUGCGAAACAGUUUCCCUGGGGAUGGGAUUAUUCAGGAUCUUCCAACCUGCUGGAACUGCGCCUCCUGCUUCUGGAGUCAGUGAUGAUCAGGCGGCUGAAAUCAGAUGUCCUGUCACAGCUGCCAGCCAAGCGGCGCAAGGUGGUGCUUGUGGAGCCCGAGGGUGUGAGUGCAAAGGCCAGAGCAGCAUUGGCAGCAGCCGCUAAAGAGAUGGCAAAAGACCACAAAACGAAACGAGAGAAGAAGGAGGCUUUGUUGCUUUUCUACAAUCGGACAGCGGAGGCCAAAGUUCGAUCUAUAAUAGAGUAUGUGAGUGAUCUGCUGGAGAGCGGCCGGAACAAGUUCCUGGUGUUUGGGCAUCAUCGGCUGGUUCUGGAUGCGUUGUGUGAAACUCUGGGAGAAAAGACAGUCGCAUUUAUCCGUAUUGAUGGCUCCACUUCCUCCUCUGAUCGUCAGUCUCUCUGUGACCGGUUCCAGUUCUCUGAGACGCGCUGUGUAGCUGUGUUGUCCAUCACUGCAGCCAACAUGGGCUUGACUCUGUCCUCUGCUGAUCUAGUGGUCAUUGCGGAGCUUUUCUGGAACCCUGGUAUUCUUUUUCAAGCUGAAGAUCGAGCUCAUCGCAUCGGCCAGUCAAACUGUGUGGAUAUUCAUUACUUAGUGGCCCGAGGCACUGCUGACGAUUAUCUCUGGCCCAUAAUUCAGGAAAAGGUGAAGAUUCUUGGAGAAGCCGGUCUGUCAGAAAACAACUUUUCAGAGACUGAAACCACAGAUUAUUUUCAUCGAGGUCCGAGGCAGGCAAAAGUGAUUGACUUUUUCCAAAUGACUUUUGCUGACUCUGAAAGCACAGAUGAUGAAGCUCUUCUGCUUGAGGCUGCUGACGUCUGUUUGGAUUCUCACCUGCGCACUGGCACCGACACUGGAAACAGCUCCAGCACUAGCACUGGCACCAACUCUGGAAAUGUCCAACAAACUAACAAUUCAGAGAGCCCCUUUAAAAAGAGACGUAUUGAGGAGUAUUUUGGAAAAUAGUGAGCAUUGAUUUGAAACUGGAAAUUUAGCCAAAGCCCUGCAUGAGUUCAGUCUGCACAUGCCUGAUGCACCUCAGUGUGAACCAGUAUAAUUUAUAAUAAUUUCCGUCUAAGAGUGCGUACUGUUUUUAUACUUUGAUCAUGAGGCAGAUCUCCCAGCGCAUUCCCAGCAAGAGGUGGUGGGAAGGCGUGUGGGAGAAGGCGAGUUGAAAUGGGUGAGGAUGGGGGGUUGGGAACAGUCGUGUCUCCACUGCUCCUUCCAAACCAAACCCAAUGUGCUUGUGGGACUUAUUCAAGUUUCAUUAUAACAGAAGUUAAAACAAUGUCAGGUAAUUGUUGGAAAACUUUAUAUAUACUUCUAAUAAAAAUCAUAAAUAAUGA